AUGUAUACGCCACCCCUCCACGAGCCUAUGUCCCACUCGCAUCUUCAGCAUCAUUGCAAAUGGAACGACUGCCACAUGUCUUUCUUCUCCCUGCCUGAACUGACGAACCACGUCAACUCUCAACACCUCCGUAUCUCCUCGAACGACUCUUCUUCUGCCCACCAGUCUUCGAACCUAUUUAAUUUCGGCCCCACAUUUCCCAGCACCUCGCAGUCAUACAACCUGCAAAAUAAUACGUGCCAGUGGAAUGAAUGUCCUGGGUUCAAUGUUCCCCCGCCCAUCCAGAGUGGCGCUCCAGAUAGCCAGGUUGUCAACGCAGCCGCAGAGAUCGUCGCGCAUCACGUUUUGAACGAUCAUCUAGGAAUGGACCAAAAUUCCGCCAUGCAAGCCAUAAACUACCUCAUGUCUAUUCCACAUGACUGCCCUCUCGCCCGCUACUCCAAAUCUGUCCAGCAGCAGCAGCUCCCUCAACCGCCACAGCAAGGACACGUACAUCAAGCAUUGUCACCUUCGCCUUCUUCACCACCACUUUCCGGAAUUGGUCUUGAGAUGGAUCAUGAGGCCGAAUGCGACGAAUGCACGACGGGCGCACAUAGGUGCCAUUGGAAGGAUUGUACGGAGGUGUAUACGACGGUCGAUGCGCUGACGGAACAUAUUACGGCCACGCAUGUUGGCGGAGGGAAGGCGCAUUACGAGUGCUUCUGGAAUGACUGUCCGAGGAACGGAGAGAAGGGAUUCUCUAGCAAGCAGAAGAUUUGCCGACAUAUUCAGACGCAUACGGGACACAGACCGUUCUUGUGCACCGUGUGUAAACAGUCGUUCUCCGAGGCGGCCACACUACAACAGCACAUGCGAAGGCAUACACAAGAAAAACCGUACAGCUGUGAUUUCCCAGGAUGUGGAAAGGCAUUCGCCAUCGCAGGCGCGCUCACGAUCCACAAGCGCAUCCACAAUGGCCUCAAGCCGUUCAAAUGCACGUACUGCGAUCGUGCGUUCUCCGAAUCUUCCAACCUCUCCAAACACCUUCGCACGCAUACCGGCGUCCGGCCGUAUUCGUGCGCCGAAGCGGGCUGUGGAAAGUCGUUCUCGAGACCUGAUCAGUUGGCAAGGCAUAUGAAAGUACACCGGAAGAAGACGGAAGCCAUUGAGGCUGAGACUCUAGUGGUAUCGUGA